AUGGCACCCUCUAAUAGAAUCUCCCACGCCAACUCCAGUGCGACCACGCCCUCGGACACGUCUAUGACCGAGAACAACGGUCGUUUCAAUGGCCGCAAGUCAGCUGCACAUGACGAAGACAGCGUAAUGGAUAACCAGGAGACUCCAGACUACUCGGACUCAGACACCAAUCCCAAUACGACGGCAAGCAGUGUCAUGGGUGAUGUGUUCCAAGCCGAUGGUCGUAAGCGGAGAAUUGAAGCGACACAGUUACGAAAGACUGUUUUCGGUAAAAAGCACAGUCGGCUAGAUGACACUAAGGAAGACGACACUAUUAGACGCUUUCGCUACCUCUUAGGAUUGACAGACUUAUUUCGGCAUUUUAUCGACGCUAACCCGAAUCCACAGAUCAAAGAGAUCAUGGCUACAAUUGAUCAUCAGAACGAGGAGGAGGAACGGAAGGCCAAGAAAGGUCAUGGGAGAGCAGGCGGAGCGGCCGGGGAGCGACGGCGCAGGACAGAGCAAGAAGAAGAUGCCGAGCUGCUGAAGGACGAAAAGAGAGGCGGACAGGCAGAGACAAUGUUCUACGAAUCACCCGGUUUCAUUCAAGGCGGGGUAAUGCGCGACUAUCAGGUUUCUGGGCUCAAUUGGCUCAUCUCACUCCACGAGAAUGGCAUUUCGGGAAUCCUCGCGGAUGAGAUGGGCUUGGGAAAGACGUUGCAGACUAUUGCCUUCCUAGGUUAUCUUCGGCACGUUUGUGGUAUCAAAGGCCCUCAUCUCAUCACUGUGCCGAAGUCAACACUCGACAAUUGGAAUCGUGAAUUCAAAAUGUGGACACCUGAAGUCAACGUCUUAAUUUUGCAAGGAGCAAAGGACGAACGACAUCAGUUGAUCAAUGACCGCCUGGUCGACGAGAAAUUUGAUGUCUGCAUCACAAGCUACGAAAUGAUUCUUCGGGAGAAGGCCCAUCUGAAGAAAUUUGCCUGGGAGUACAUCAUUAUUGAUGAGGCACAUCGCAUUAAGAAUGAGGAAUCUUCUCUGGCGCAGAUCAUCCGCCUCUUCAACUCACGAAACCGCCUACUCAUCACGGGCACGCCCUUGCAAAACAACUUGCACGAACUUUGGGCUUUGUUGAAUUUCUUGCUCCCGGAUGUGUUCGGCGACUCAGAAGCAUUUGAUCAAUGGUUCUCAGGGCAGAACGCGGAUCAAGAUACCGUCGUUCAGCAAUUGCACCGAGUCCUUCGGCCUUUCCUGCUGAGAAGAGUCAAGAGCGACGUUGAGAAGAGUCUGCUGCCAAAGAAGGAAGUCAAUCUUUAUAUUGGCAUGUCCGAGAUGCAAGUCAAAUGGUACAAGAAGAUUCUCGAAAAAGACAUAGACGCCGUGAACGGCGCUGCAGGCAAGCGUGAGUCUAAGACGCGGUUGCUCAACAUUGUCAUGCAACUACGAAAGUGCUGCAAUCACCCAUACCUCUUCGAGGGCGCCGAGCCUGGACCACCAUACACCACUGACGAGCAUCUUGUCUACAAUGCUGGUAAGAUGGUCAUGCUUGACAAGAUUCUUGUCAGGAUGAAGAAGCAGGGCAGCAGAGUCCUUAUUUUUUCCCAAAUGAGCAGAGUCCUGGACAUUCUGGAGGACUACUGCGUCUUCCGUGAGCACAAAUAUUGCAGAAUCGACGGAUCAACGGCUCACGAGGAUCGCAUUGCUGGCAUUGAUGAGUACAACAAGCCAGGAUCAGAGAAAUUUGUCUUUUUGUUGACCACCCGCGCCGGCGGUCUUGGCAUUAAUCUUACCAGUGCUGAUAUUGUAAUCCUCUUCGACAGUGACUGGAACCCCCAAGCAGAUCUGCAGGCAAUGGAUCGAGCGCAUCGGAUAGGGCAGAAGAAACAGGUUGUUGUAUUCCGAUUCGUCACGGAACACGCUAUAGAGGAGAAGGUGCUCGAGAGAGCGGCGCAGAAAUUACGUCUUGACCAACUGGUUAUUCAGCAGGGGCGUGCACAACAGGCGGCAAAAGCAGCUGCGUCCAAGGACGAGCUGGUCAAUAUGAUUCAGCACGGCGCAACUGAAGUGUUCGAGAGCAAAGGUGCAACUGGCGUGCUCGGCAACAAAUCCGAUCUAACUGAUGACGAUAUCGACCAAAUUCUACAGCAUGGUGAAGAGCGCACGAAAGCUCUAAACGCGAGAUACGAGAAGCUUGGCAUCGAUGACUUGCAGAACUUUGCAUCAGAAAAUGCCUACGAGUGGAAUGGCGAGAACUUCAACAAGAAUUCCAGAAAGGAUGUGGGAAUUGCAUGGAUCAAUCCAUCAAAGCGUGAACGAAAGGAGCAAUCAUACUCGAUGGACAAGUAUUACCGGAAUGCACUGUCAACAGGUGGGAGGACGGCCGAUACAAAACCCAAAGCGCCCCGUGCACCGAAACAAGUCCAAGUUCAUGACUAUCAGUUCUUUCCUCCACAGCUUGUUGAUCUCCAGGAACGUGAGACCGCUUGGUUCCGUAAAGAAAUUGGGUACAAGGUUCCUCUGCCUGAACGAGAGGAUUUGACCGAGAGCGAAGCAGAAGCUGAGCGCGACUUGGAGCAGCAGGAAAUUGACAACGCCACACCCUUGACCGAAGAAGAACAAGAAGAGAAGGAGCGGAUGUCUUCUCUAGGGUUUGCGGAUUGGAAUCGAAGAGAUUUCCAGCAAUUCGUAAAUGGCUCUGCUAAGUAUGGUCGAAACAACUACGAAGGUAUUGCGGAAGAAGUCGAUGGCAAGGACGCAAAGGAGAUCAAAGACUAUGCCAAAGCCUUUUGGCAAAAGUACAUGGAGAUCCAGGAUUACACUAAAUACAUCACUAACAUCGAAACGGGCGAGGAGAAGACCCGGAAGCUGAACCACCAGCGGAAGAUGCUCAAGCGAAAGAUGGAUAUGUACCGCGUCCCACUGCAACAACUGAAGCUGAAUUACUCAGUCUCGACAACCAACAAGAAAGUAUAUACAGAGGAAGAAGAUCGCUUCUUGCUUGUCAUGUUAGACCGGUAUGGCGUUGAUGGAGAGGGCAUCUACGACAAGAUCCGAGACGAAAUCCGCGAGAGCCCUUUGUUCCGAUUCGACUGGUUUUUCCUGAGCCGUACACCUAUCGAGAUUGGGCGUCGGUGUACUACUCUUCUGACAACAGUCUCGAGGGAAUUUGAAGGGGCGGACGGGAAGAUGGCCAAUGGUCAUAAGGGCAGAGCUAGAGACGAAAACGACGAGGAGGAAGAAGAUGUGGCGCCUGCCAAGAAGCGGGCUAAGAACGGAGUCAAGAACAAGCAGCUUGAAGUGGUCAAGAACGGCAGUAGAGCGAGCUCCGGGCAGACCUCGAGAGCAGUCAGCGUAUCGUCCAACGGUACUAGUUCGAAGGCCAAGGGGAAGGGAAGGAAGAGAUGA